AUGGAGCGCUCCUUCAUUUAUUGUCCCCAAGGCAAAUGGACAAUGCUCCAAAAACGAGUCUACCCACUUCCAAAAAUUUCCGAUUUACUUACGGAUAUCAGCGGAUUUACUUAUGCCUCCGCCAUUGACUUGAACAUGGGAUGUUGGAAUGUCCGUAUUACCCCCGAGACAUCUAAGCUCUGUACUAUCAUCUUACCUUGGGGCAAAUAUAUUUACCAAAAACUGCCCAUGGGCGCAAUGUCCUCAGCUUACAUUUUUCAAGAAGCUAUGAAUCGCCUCAUGGAAGGCCUCAGCCACAUCUUAACAUACUUGGACGACAUCCUCUGUGUCACCAAAGGUGACUUUGAAGACCACCUUCAACGGCUAGAACUAUGUCUCCAACGGCUCCACAAAGCCGGCCUUAAAGUUAAUUUACCCAAAUCUGAGUUUGCAACUCAACAAUUUAAAUGCUUAGGCUACUUGGUCUUGCGCCAAGGCAUUCGCCCUCUUGCUUCCAAAGUGGAAGCGAUUCAGCAGUUGAAACCCCCAAAAACUUUGAAACAAUUAUGCUCAUUCCUUGGCAUGCUCAAUUAUUACCGUGAUAUGUGGGAAAAGCGCUCACAUAUGUUAGCUCCAUUUACUGAACUAAUCAAAUGA